UUUAAGUCAAUGCCUGUCGUCUGGCUGGAAUGCGCUCCUCUCACACUGCAGCUCUCAGCUCGGCUAUAGCAGUCUUAUGUUCUGUCUUAACAUUCCUCCAGACCGCGCACAUUAGAGCUUGCAUCGACAGCACCGCUUGAAAACUUCAGAAUGUCAGACUCCUUAAACUACACAACAUCUCCACUGCCCUCCAGUGUUCCAUCAGUCGCUGGAGAUUCAAACGCCACAUUAUGCCAGGACUGGGAGCAGUCCCAUCACCUGCUGUUCCACCUGGCCAACCUGAGCCUUGGUCUAGGUUUUCUCAUCCCCUCCACAAUAGCGCUUCAUAUGAUCUUCCUCAGACUGCUGCUGAUGACAGGGUGCUGUUUGUUUAUAGCAUGGGCCACAUUAUAUAGAUGCACAUUGGAUGUGAUGGUGUGGAAUGUGGUUUUCCUUCUGGUGAACUUCAUGCAUUUCUUCUUCCUGCUUUAUAAACGCAGACCGAUUAAGAUUGACAGGGAGCUAAAAUCAUUGUACAAGCGCAUGUUCGAGCCCCUGCAUGUACGUGAAGCUCUGUUUCAGAGGCUCACCGGCCAGUUUUGCACCAUCCAAACCUUAAAGAAGAGCCAGGCCUAUGCAGCAGAAGAUAAGACCUCUGUUGAUGAGCGCCUCAGCAUUCUUCUCAAAGGAAAGAUGAAGGUAUCGUACCGUGGCCAUUUCUUGCAUAAUAUUUACACCAAUGCUUUCAUCGACUCUCCAGAAUUCAGAUCGACUCAGAUGAACAGGGGUGAGAGGUUUCAGGUGACAAUCACUGCUGAGGAAAACUGCAAGCUCCUAUGCUGGUCUAGAGAGCGUCUGACUUACUUCCUGGAGUCCGAGUCUUUUCUGAACGAGGUGUUCAGGUACCUCAUUGGCAAAGACAUCACCAACAAGCUUUACUCUCUCAAUGAUCCAACCCUGAGUGACAAGGCUGUAAAGAAAAUGGACCGUCAGCCAAGUCUAUGUUCUCAGCUGUCUAUGAUGCAGAUGAGGAACAGCAUGGCUAGCACCAGUGACACAGACAAUGUGCUCAACCAGAUCCUGAGAGGCGGGUCAACUGGGGCAUCACUCCAGAAAAAUCCUCUGACAAAAGCAUCCACGACUAUGAAGCCAAUUGAAGAAGGAAUGGAAGACGAUGUUUUUGAAACUGAAUCCCCCACUACCUCCCAGAACAUUUCCAGGACCCCCAGAGAAGACAUGUAAAAUGUUUUUUAUCAUCUCAUGGUCUUCAGACUUCUGUGUUUCACUUCAUGUUCUAUAAAAAAUAAUGUAAAAUUAAUUGAACAGGAAAAUAAAUCAGACUCCCCCUCAGAUUAAACCAUUUGGAGCAGAGAUAUGAGAGGUGAUUUAGUGUUAGAGAUUUAACUUUUAAAUUAAUUUGGAAACCAUCUCAUAUAAUAGUUUAUUUCUUGUUUAGUAGAAUCUGUAUAAAGAGUUUUAACUGUAUGCAUUUGAAAGCAUUUAAUUUUUUUAAAUUAUUCUUUAUUUUUUUAUUUUGAAUUUGGUUAACUGUGCUAAUCAUGUGUAAAACAAAACUGAUUACUUCUUAACCCUCAGUAAAUCUGGUACCAUUUGUCUGAUACAGAGUUGUAUAUAUAUACCAUGUCAAUUUCCUUGCAUGUUCCUGUUUUUUAAGUCAUGUUUUCUUGUGUGAUACGUUAACAGUCAGUAAUAUAUUUAAAUUAAUUGUAUUAUUAUUACACAGGUUAUUAUUACAGGGUUAAGCAAUGAUGAAGUGUACACUGGAUUUAUUGAAUGUCCUGUUUGAAGCAUUUCCAUUUCUUCCAAAUGCUUUUCUUUUCUUUUGUGUCAAGUGUGUGUUUAAAGUCAUACUGAUACUUGAAAUCACUUUUUUAGAUUAAAGUUUGGCACUACGGAUAUGCGUUUCUUUACUACUGUAUUUCAUUAGUUUCUUUCUAACCUAACAAUGACUGUGUUUAACAUUUAAGUGAUUCACUUAGACGAAUCACUCAAGGAGCAAAAAAAAAAAAAAAAAAAUUGCUGAAAGAUUAAAUAAUAAUUCAGGGGAACACAGUUUAUGAUCUAAUAUUUAAUCUCAGAAGAUGACUUGUUAAUUGUUCUCAUUUUAAGAACAUUUAAAUUUUACACUACAUUUUUCUGAGGCCUAUUGAUGAAGAUCAAUCUCCCAUCAUUCAGGUAUCAUAACUCCAGUGUACACUGUGCUGUCAAAAUGUAUAUCUCGAAAGCCUUGCUUUGGAGUGCCUGCCAAAUGUAUACAUGUAAAUGUUUUCGAAAGGAAAAUUUACCACCGACUAGCUUACCAUAUCCAAAGCCAAAGAGCUUUAACUUCAAGGUCUCUGUUUUAAUCAGAACAUUGUUAGUAUGUAUAUCACCAUGGUAUGGUCUGCACUUUUGCACUUCUGUGCUAGCUUUUGUUCCAGGUGACUUUGUGCCUAUGGAGAUCCAACAAGGUCUCACGGGAGUCUGUAAAUUCCCAAAUCAGGAUAGUUUCAUUUGGUUUAUCUAGCCACAUAUUAUAAUGAUAUAACAUAUGGGAGGUUCUUUCAUCAAGAGCAUCAGAACCACUUCCAAAUUCAGAGUAUCUUUCAUUUGACUUUGAGUUAUUUCAUAUAUAAUUAUAUCCUUCUAUUAUAUCAUUAUAUUGAGUUACAGUAUA